ACAAAAAUUAGACUCGAAAUAAAAAACGGAGGCGGGAGGGGAAUCAAAAUCCUUUUUGUUCACCAUCUCAUCAUAGACAGCCAGACGCGACAGGGGUGUGAGAAAUCCGAGCGACCUGAAACCAUGGCAUUCACUGGUACCUAUCCUACAUGGCCGUUUUUCGUCCCCCCCCCCCCCCCCCUUUUGUGCCUCCCGCUUCAAACGGUAAACUUGCUCGUGUCCUCAAACUCAUACUGUCCGAUACGUCGGUGUCCAACAGCUGGUGCUUACUGGGUAUCUACGUAGGCAGACGCCGCAGAGGACGUGGAAAGAAAGAAGCCUAGACCUAGCUUCUAAGUGAGCUACGCCACACGCCCGGCGCACACCUCGGCCUGUGGCCCGUCCACUCCCUCCCCUCUUCCUAAGCAACGGACGGCAUCCAAGAAAGAAAAAUAAAAUCACGAUGCCAGAUACCCACCUGUACCGCCAAAAACACCAGCACGACAAGCGCUCCUUCUUUUCGAUCUGUCAGGCUCUCAACAACACCGGCCCGGGAAGUCACUGGUAGGCUCUGACAGCUAACUGCCAGCGCAUCAUCUCCAGCCUUUUCAAAAACUCCCUCGUUACAAUCUUCCACCAGCUAGUUAAACCGUUCGGUCGUCCGUUGCAAUUGAGGGGGGGGGGGGGGGGGUCCAACAGCCAUCAGACGAACCAUGCCAGCGCGCCGUAACUGGCACCUUGUGCUCCUAUCUGGCCAGCCUCCACCAUGGCCUCAUCCACGGCGGCGCCAAACGCCGUUGCAACCAUCCGAGCGUCCGGCCCACACCCAAAAGAACGUCGCGGACCGGACGGAGGGCCCCCGGCGUUGCUCUGGGCUUGCUCUGUCCUCAACCCCGCGGGAGCACGUGCUCCAUCCAAUCUCGCUCCCUGACGGUUGUGUGUUAUCUGUAUACGGCACGGUACGAAGCACACGUGCUGAACGCCGCUUGCUUCUUUUCUUUUAACUAGAACGGGGGGGGGGGUAUCGGAACGCCGUUGAUCGCCAAUGGGUCGACGUUUGACACUCUUGGGUGUCAUCUGCCAGACUGCCAUGCACACUCGCGUGCGCCUUGGCCGUCGGCCGUCGAUGUGUGGCUUUCCUAUUCCUUUUCCGUCCGUCCGUCCACUCAUUGGGAAAUCGUUCCCCGCCGUCAACUUCCAUGUCAAUUCUACACCUUAGCCAGCCCAGUAUCGCGGCAACCACGCACAAAGCAAAGCACGGAAAAAGUAACUUCUUCUCCCCAGUUCUCGACGAUACUAGAAAAUAUUUUCUUCCUCUCUCGAGAAAUCCACUCCCGCCAUGGCAACGGCUUUUCAGAACCAGCAACAUCCCGGUCUCGCUCACGCGCGGGAGUGGACGCUCAUGAAGGUUGGCGCCACUUUUUCUUUCCUUUCCGCCUUCCAACUUUCACAUGCAAAAGGUAUCCUAUUAUCUAGCUCCCCCCUGUCUGCCGCCCCUCUCGCUUUCACAUUGCACCGCCACAAGGGAGUUUUGAGGGUCCAGGCACAGGGACACAGAGGCCAAGAGGACCGGCCCAAGGGGGUUAAGGCCAUGCAAGUGGAUGCGCCCCCAAAACUGCACUGAAU